GUGGUUGGUCAUUGAAUUAUCUUGUGGUGAAAGUUUCAGUAAAAGUGACAUUUUUCGUGGUGAAGAAACAAUUUUUGAGGAGUGCUCCCGAUUUUUUCUCAUUUUCCUCCAAAAAUCAUCAUAAAAUUCAAAGAUGUCUUCCAGAAAAACCGCCGGACGUCGUGCAACCAACAAGAAGCGCGCCCAGCGUGCCACUUCGAAUGUUUUUGCCAUGUUCGACCAGGCCCAGAUUGCCGAAUUCAAGGAAGCCUUCAAUAUGAUUGACCAGAAUCGCGAUGGGUUCGUGGAGAAGGAGGAUCUGCACGAUAUGCUGGCUUCGCUGGGGAAGAAUCCCACUGAUGAGUACCUGGAAGCGAUGAUGAACGAAGCCCCGGGCCCCAUUAACUUCACCAUGUUCCUCACGCUCUUCGGGGAACGGCUGCAGGGCACAGACCCGGAGGAUGUCAUCAAGAAUGCCUUCGGGUGCUUCGACGAGGAGAAUUUGGGGCUCAUCCCGGAGGAGAGGCUGCGUGAGCUCCUCACAACAAUGGGGGAUCGCUUCUCGGACGACGAUGUCGAUGAAAUGUUCCGGGAGGCCCCCAUUAAGGAUGGUCUCUUUGACUACUUGGAAUUCACACGAAUCCUCAAACACGGGGCCAAGGACAAGGAUGAGCAGUAAAAACGCCCCCCAAAUCUCUUUUUCAGCGCGAUUAAUUUCAGUAUUUUUGUGCACACACCCCCAAAUUCCCCCGGGAGGGCCCCAGGACCCCCAGAAAUGCAUUUCCUUCCUCUGCACUUUGGAAGAAAAUUUAAUUAAUUAAUUAAUUAACCCGAUUAAAUUGUUUUUAUUUGGACUUUUUGUGUAAAAAAAAUUCCUCUAUUGAAUAAAUUUUAAGGCAACCUAAAAAAAA